GAGUCAGGGUGUCAUUGUUCUGGGGCCCACAAGUGUCAGGGUGUCAUUGUUCUAGACCCCCAAGUGUCAGGGUGUCAUUGUUCUGGGGCCCCCAAGUGUCAGGGUGUCAUUGUUCUGGGAACCCAAAGUGUCAGGGUGUCAUUGUUCUGCAUUUACCAAGUGUCAGGGUGUCAUUGUUCUGGGACCCCCAAGUGUCAGGGUGUCAUUGUUCUGGACCCCCAAGUGUCAGGGUGUCAUUGUUCUGGACCCCCAAGUGUCAGGGUGUCAUUGUUCUGGACCCCCCAAGUGUCAGGGUGUCAUUGUUCUAGGACCCCCAAGUGUAAGGGUGUCAUUGUUCUGGGACCCCCAAGUGUCAGCGUGUCAUUGUGCUGGGAUCCCAAGUGUCAGGGUGUCAUUGUUCUGGGACCCCCAAGUGUCAGGGUGUCAUUGUUCUGGGACCGCCAAGUGUCAGGGUGUCAU